CGAACGCAGGUUGCGCUAAUUCAGUCAGACAUGUCUCGGCCGUCGAAAGAAGACUGGGUUUGUAGUGACCCAAAAUGUAAAAAUGUUAAUUUUGCUAAAAGAGAGAGAUGCAACCGCUGUGAUAAGCCUAGGAAGCAUGGACCGUCAAGCAAAGGUGGUUCUGAGGUCGGUAAACAGUUAGCUGAGAAAAGCAAAGGACUUUUUAGUCCAGAUGAUUGGAUCUGUAAGACAUGUGGUAAUGUGAAUUGGGCUCGUCGAAACACAUGUAAUGUAUGCAAUGCUCCAAAAAUUGAUGUACAAGGUGAAAGAACAGGUUAUGGUGGGGGAUUUAUGGAGCGUGAUGAAGUCGUCGAGUAUCGUGAGCAUAGAGAUUCUGAUGAUGAAUUCGAUGAAUUUGGUCGUAAAAAGAAAAAUUUCCGCAGAGGUCAAAAUGAUCAUUUGACCAGCAGUAGUAAUCAUGAUUCAUCGGAUUCAAGUAAUCAUAAUCAUAACCUACAAGAAAGUCACAAUUCAGUUGGUCGCGAUCAAAUGGAUGAUAAGGCUAAUGAGGUGGAUGAAGACGACGAUGAAGAUGAGGAAGAAUCCGGUGAUGAUGCUGAUCUGUCGAAAUAUGAUAUCUGGGGUACAGAAGACGACGAGGAUGUGACUAAGAAGUCCGCCGCGACCAAUAAAAAGUCACAUAGUCGAAGUGCUGCUUCAUCGUCUUCAGACUCCGAUUCUGAUUCUGACUCAUCCUCUUCUUCUUCAGCCUCCUCUUCAUCUUCCAGCCAUGCUUCACAGUCGGACUCAGAAUCAUCCAGCAUUUAUCAUUGUGGAGAUAUUUCUCUGCUUCAUAGCAACGGUUGGGAGUUUACUUAUUCAAAACAUCUUUUGUAUUUUUAUACAUUCACUUGGAUGUUUAUUUUCGCUAUUUUUAAUUAUUGA